CACAUGACAGAUGACGUUUAUGAAGAUAGCGAGUUGGUUAUUCCAGCAACGGUCGAUUAGACCGCUAUCCUGCUAUCUGGGAACAUUUAGUACAUAUUCUGGAAAUGUUAUUUAAUCCGACCGGGUUGGCUGAAUGUUUACAGGAAUGGGAGGAUCUGGAAAAAGAUUACCAUCAGGUCCAGGAGACACAUCGACUUUACAAACAGAAACUGGAAGAGGUUUCGAAAUUGCAAGACAGCUGUUCCUCUUCUAUCGCAAGGCAAAGAAAAAAGUUAAAGGAUCUCUCCGAAGCCCUGGAUGAAUGCAAAACUGUAGGAAAUCCAGAUGAUGUAAAUAAAAUAGAAGAGAUCCAUCAAUCCAUAAGAGAACGACCCAAUGUCUUCUUUGAAAUGGAGGCAUUCCUGCCAAAGAAGAACGGGUUAUACCUCAGUCUUGUUCUUGGAAACGUGAACGUUACACUCCUUAACCAGCAGUCAAAGUUUGCCUAUAAAGACGAGUAUGAGAAAUUCAAACUGUACCUGACUGUAAUUCUCUUGCUGUUCUCAUUCACCUGUCGGUUUUUGGUCAGCUACAGGGUUGUAGAUGCCCUGUUCAACUUCUUGUUGGUGUGGUAUUACUGUACAUUGACGAUAAGAGAGAGCAUUCUCAUAAAUAACGGCUCUAAGAUCAAGGGUUGGUGGGUGUUUCAACACUAUGUUUCAACGUUUCUCUCUGGAGUAAUGCUAACAUGGCCUGAUGGUGAACUCUACCAGAUGUUUAGAGAUCAGUUCUUGUCAUACUCCUUGUAUAUAAAUUUUGUUCAGUUUCUGCAGUAUUACUAUCAGAGUGGCUGCUUAUAUAGACUUCGAGCUCUUGGAGAAAGACACAACAUGGACCUUACAGUUGAGGGGUUUCAGUCCUGGAUGUGGAGGGGUCUGACCUUUCUCCUGCCUUUCCUUUUCUUCGGUCAUUUUUUCCAGCUUUAUAACGGAAUUAGGCUUUUCCAAAUGGCCCAGCUUCCAGAAUGGAAAGAGUGGCAGGUUCUAAUGUGUGGCUCAACUUUCCUGGUUUUGUUCAUGGGAAACUUCCUUACCACUCUUGGUGUUGUGUACCACAAAUACAUGGAUCAGGACAAGACCAAAACCUUGUGAUCAUGGAACAAAAGCACUGAA